GAUCGAUUAGCAUCUUUUCAAGACCGCACAGUGAGAGAAAGAGAAAGAAGGAGUUUAACUGGCUCCUCUCUGCUCCCUUUGGAUUUUAUGGCCUCUGUUCUACCUAAUUGGAUAAAAUAGGAAGUCGCUGGCAGUCCUGUGUUGCUGGGUGUGCUGAUUUAACUCAGAUCAGCCCUGCAGAGGGGUGGGGGUGCGGGGAGAGAAAGGAGGGAGCAGAGGGAAUCUGUACAUCAGAAGAACAGAGGAAAGGAAGCCGCUGGAGGGAAAGUAUCUUGAGAAGGAACGGGGAAAAAGAGGUGGUACAAACUAAGGACAGAGUUGCUGUCCUCUUCUUUUUGAGCUGAUCUUUAAUGAUAUUGCUUGCGGUGAUGCUCAGGGAGCAGGCACCUGCUGCUCUGUAAUGAUUCAGCCUCUUUCUGCCGGCUCUUUUGCACAACAGGAUGCUGGUACUACUGUCAUUGCUGCUCCUGCUGCCUCUGCCGCCGCUCCCAUUCUUACUGCUUUCCCUUUUGCUUCUACUGCAUGACGGCUGUGUUUUCCUCCAUCUAAGCAGUCACCAGCCUCAGAUGCUCAAGGUGAGAUACCAGCCUUUCACUUUGGGCUGUUGGUUCACUUAAAA